GCAGCAGACCGAACGGAUCUCUAAGAAUUGUGAUGUAUUGAAUAGUGUGUAGGAAGUUCCAGGCAUUAUGGCGGCUGCUCGGGAUCUGACAAUGUAGCUUAGCUCUAUGAUUAUCUCAAGACUGUGGGUCGAUAUAUGGUUAAGCUUAGAAUCAGUAGUUAGGAUUAAAGUCGAUACGAAGAGAAGGCAGGGGGACUGGAGUUAUAUUUGAUGAGUUACGCAUAAUCCAUAAUCUUUCCAGUGAAAAUUGGAAUCAACCAGUAUUUAAUCCGACCAUUGAUCUACCUCAAGGGAAUUUAUAGACCGAAAAUCAAACAUGGAGAAGCUUAAAUCAAAGACGUAUCGACGAGAUGUCAUAGACAAUUUUUUCACCUAUGUCGAUAAGGACCUUCUGAUUUGCAAGCUCUUCUAUUUCUUCUUCUUCGCCGCUUUUGGAUCACUAUACCCGUUAUUGGCCAUAUAUUUCAAACAGUUGGGUAUGAACGCAACUCAGAGUGGUAUCUUGGUCGGCUUCCGGCCCUUUAUAGAGUUCUGCAGCGCACCCUUUUGGGGCGGUGUAGCAGACCGAUGGCGCAAGUGGAGAUUCCUACAGCUCAUGUCUGUCGGAAGCUGGGUGGUGUUUACUCUGGCAAUGGCGUUUGUAAAACCUCCACAUGUCUUCUGCUUCGGCGAAAAUAACAUCACCGAAACGGACAUUAUCAAUUACGAAAAAGAUUUAAUCAAGCCAGCAUACAGCACUGUCUAUUACGAACGUGGAGCUGUGCGAGACGCCUUUUUCGCUCUGCUUCUCAUUGUGGUAAUUGGGGAGUUCUUCAGUGCCCCAGCAGUAACAUUCGCAGACACUGUUACAUUGUCAUAUCUGGGAGAAGAUACAGACAAUUACGGCCGGCAGAGAAUGUUCGGUUCACUUGGCUGGGGGCUUUCUAUGUUCUUUGUUAGCAUAGCGUUAGACGGCUCAACUACAUUUCCCGGCCAUCCGUGCGAGACGCAACAUAAAAGGGAGAAAGACUAUAUUCUAUGUUUUGCUGUUUUCUCUGUACUCAUGUCAUGUGCCGCCAUUACAGCUUUCCAAUUCAAAUUUGCCGGUCAGGACGAGAGUAUAUCGUGCUGGCCUUCACCAUUUGUCAAGGCUAAAAACAAAGUAAUGGAACUUGUUUUCGGCCAAGCAAAUAUAGAAAAAGAAAAACUAGUCGAAGACGACGACGAGUUCAGAUUUGGGCAGCCAAAACAGACAACAAUUAAAAACGAAAAUCAAGAACCAAAACUUGGCGAAAAUGGAAAACCUCUACAAAUUUCUCUAGAAGAAUCAAAACAAGACAUGGUUUCUGACGUUGUCAACAGCCCAGGGGCGGCCCCUGCAAAACCUCCACCAUUUGACCCUGAUGACCCUUUUUUGGGCCGCUGGACGGCUGUUUUGAAGAUUCUCGCCCAACUGAAAUUUGUCUCCGUUUUGUUCGUGGCUUGGUUCAUGGGUUUUGGUGUUGGGCUAAUCUUCACAUUCCUGUUCUGGCAUCUCCAGGAUCUUGGCGGAAGUCCGACGCUUUUCGGCGUCGCCUCUGUCAUCAAUCACACCUCCGAGUUGCUCGCUUACUUCCUGUGCUCCCGUUUCAUCGCCACAUUCGGUCACAUCAAGGUCCUGUACAUGGGUUUAGUAGGAAACAUUGUACGCUUCAUCUACAUUUCGUGUCUCACGAGUCCCUGGAUGGUGCUGCCGUUUGAGCUCGUGCAAGGUCUUACACACGCCGCAGUGUGGGCAACGACUUGUUCCUACGUGAUGCAGGCCAUUCCAUUGACGUUACGUUCUUCGGCACAGGGGAUCCUACAGGGCCUUCACCACGGGCUUGGGAGGGGAUGCGGGGCUGUCUUUGGCGGCAUGCUCGUAUACAGCUAUGGCAGUGAAAUAACUUUCCGCGCCUAUGGAAUCACGUGUAUAUUCGUCCUGAUUGCUUUCAUCGGGGUCGGUGUGUAUCUCCGUCGUCAAGGCGUCUCCAUGGAGAGUCACAUUCCCCACGAGACUCUCGAGGACCAGGCGAUGACCUUUAACCCGCAUGGCGUGCCUUCCGGUAUGGCACGUGACCUCUCCAGCAACAAACUUAAACAGCUAGAUGCAGAGCCAGUAAAAAGCUAUGGGUCAACCCUUGGAUCCGAUUUGAAAAGCGAUGAAGGCACUCAGCCUGCAGAACAGCCGGUGGAGGACUUUAAUCCUCGUGCUGAUUAUGGCUACGAGUAUAACGCCAAGGUGGAAAAGGUGAAGGCAAUCGAUCCUCGCAAUGCCGAUACACGCACCGAGGACUCCAUCAACCAUAAAAGAGGACGGACGGAGAAACAAGUAGAUGACACCGACGGAUUUGGUCGUCAACACAAGAAACGUGAUGAUCGCCAACCGCUGACGUCAGAACGUGACGUCACAGAUAACCAACCCGAAGUGAAAUCCGAGAUUGAGCCACAUCACGCGAGAACGCAUGAAGCUCCACGACGUCACAGUCUUGAACACUCGGAACCGCGAACGGAGCGUCGGGAGCGACGGAGGCGCCAAAGUGGCGAUAUAGAGGGUCUGCGAGAACGAGAGGAUUACUCGGGUCAAAGAGAAUCGCGUCGCUAUGGAGACGAGCAUCGUGACACCGGGCACCACGAGUCCCGUGGCCACCAUGGUGGGAAGCGUCACAGCAGACAGAGGCAAUCCAUGGAGUCUCAACCAUUUGAAGAUUUUGACCCUAAUCCAAGGGAGAAGAUUGUGUUCGAACAACUGCCGGACAUCACGUCACGUCCACAACGUCGACGUUAUUCACGUGACGAGGAGUAUGACAAUCGCCAAAAUGACCCGUAUGGACAAUAUUAACGAUAGAGAAAUUAGGAAUAUUGUAAUUAAAUGAGUAUUACACAUGCUUCGUAGAACUGUACUAAACGCAUAGUAUGUUUUGUCGGAUUACUCACUAUGAAUGUUCCAUACAAUGCUGAUCGCCACUUUACCCUUUAAAAUGUUUUAGCAUAGUCCAGGGGCCGUAUUCAAUAAGCAACAUAGAUUGAACUUAAAAUCAAGAUUAGAAACUAAGUGCUUUGAUUGGUCUGUAUAUUAAGCUGACCAAUGGACGGAAUGGAAUCACUGGCAUGUCUUAGGAUAGGGAUAAGAUAAAUAAUGAAUACUGGCCCGGCAAACUUGCCGCGAGGGUGAUUUUGUCCCCGUUGUUAAUAAAUUUGAUUCACGACAAUAGUAUUUUACACAACUUGAUUUCCUCUCAAACAACAUGGCACCAGGGGCUGUAUUCAAUAAGCAACUUGGAUUGAACUUAAAAUCAAGAUUAGAAACUGAGGUGUUUUGAUUGGCCUGUAUAUUUAGCUGACCAAUAAGCUGAAUGGAAUGCACUGAGGCAUGCCUAAGGAUAAGGAUAAGAUCAAUAUUGAAUACUGGUCCUGGUAACCUUGCCGCGAGGUUGGUUUUGGCCCUGAUAUUUAUGAAUUUGAUUCACGACAAUAAUAGUCAACACAACUUGAUUUACCUCUCAAACAACAUGUUUAAAAUUAUAAACAUGACGCGAACGUCAAAAUAAACAAAACAUGAAUAAAGACAGAUCAACAAAUACUGUUGUUUCUGUUUGGGAAUGGUCAGCGGAACUGGUAUUUAUAAUAUAACUAAAGUUAGUUCAUAAUUUAAGUCCAUGCCUUUUUUUUUCAUAGAAUAUUUGUAUAAUUUGUAUUUUUUUUCAAUAAUGUCAAUGGAAAUAAAGUAGUUCAAAAAAGUAUUAAGUUCGUAUAUGAUAUGACCACUGACAUAUUUAGGGCCGAAUUCAGAACAACCACUCUCACACACACUCAAUGAGUUAACCCUCUGUAAUCACAUAGCAGUUCUGAUAUAAGAGAGGCGUGUAAAUACUAACAUAUCACUUAAUGAAUACCGAUAUUCGAACACAAAGUAAUGUUAUAAAUCAAUAAGUGACACCGAUUUGCACUAAGGUAGCUGUGCAAGUUGCCCACUACAAAUGUGCAUGUUCUUACUGAUAUUGAUGUUGUACUUAAAGUGAAUAGUGACAAUACUCGUAGUAUUUAUUAGAUUUAUUAAAAUAUAUUGUACCUAAAUAUAUCGACUGUAUAAAGCGACUAGUUUACAUAUUUUAUGUCAGCAACAAUUCCUUUUAAACUUUGUUUAAAUCAAAUAUUGUAUUUACUUAAAAGCUGCACUUUCACAGAUUGAACGUUUUGACAACUUUUUUUUAUUUUUUU